AGUCACUCCCUGCUGUUCUUCAUCAAGAAACACAGCAAAGAUGGCCAAGAUCACAACCCUUUUCUUGACGUCUCUCCUCCUUCUCUGUGCAAUCUCAUCCUGCUUUGCUCGGCCCGAGCCAGUGUUUCUUGAUGUUACUCCUGUCGAGACUAACCGCGUGGAUGUUGAAACGGAGAGCGGCAAUGAGUUGUCGGAUGAGAACUGCGAAGGAGUUGGCGAAGAAGAUUGCUUGGUGAGGAGGACUCUGGCUGCUCACAUCGACUAUAUCUACACCCAAAAGCAUCAUCCUUGAACUUAAUUUCCUUUUUUGGUGAUGCCAAAAAACUUAAAAGGAUUGAACAGUUUAGUGGGCUUCUACUAACUUUGUUGUGAAUUAUGAAGCGUUUACUAUUGUGGGAAUGUAAAAUUGGCUCAUCACUCUGAGUGGAUAUCAAGUGAGUCUGCUUCUUAGAGAAUGUUUCUUAGUUUCAAACUUAUGUAUCUUUUGCCUUACUAAUCUCUUUUGAGAUUUUUCUAUUAAGUGCCCUUGCAAUUAUGCUUGUUUCUUCUU